GAAAAUACCUCCCCUACAUGAACAUAAAUGACGUUCAGCAGCAGGGACUGUUAUCUGUCUGCACAUAAACAAAGGCACAUUGCAAGCCGAGGACAGACCGGGGGGAAGAGUUUUACACACUUUCCAAUGAACUCGCAAAGGAGAAGGAUCCGGAUCUGCGCUGCACCCAAACCCUAGGGGCCGGGGAGUCAUUUGUUUCCCACCCCCCCCACACACUUCUUUUAGAAGAAACACUUUACAUGUAAAAUCCGCACCGAGGACUCUGGACCGUCUGGACACACGCAACUUGGAAGUGUUUUUUUUUGGAUUACAUGUAAAGACGGAACCGUCACAGCAAUCAAAUAUUGGUUCGGAAGAGCUCUCCCAGGGAAGCCCGGAGCCACCAGAGUGCAGCCCGGCCACCAGAGCCCCCUCCCCAGCGGGCACGCCUCUGGCAACCCCCCGAGCCAACAUUCAGCGGACCAAACCCCUCCCUCCCCCAGCACACACAGACAUGCCCUGUGUGCAGGCCCAAUAUAGCUCCUCACCACAAGGUGCCAGUUUUGCAGCUCAGAGUUACGCUUACUGUGGGGACUACAGCCCUGAUUUAACGCACGGGGAGUCGCCCUAUAUGAAGUUUGGCAUGGACUUGGGCAGCGCUGAAAUAGCAGCCACAACUUCGCUUCCCAGCUUCAGCACCUUCAUGGAGACGGGAGGCUACUCGGGCAGCUAUGAAUUUAAGCCCUCCUGUGUGUACCAAAUGCACACCACCUCCUCCUCCUCCCACAGACCCCUGAUCAAACUGGAAGAUGCACCCCAUCACAGCUACCAGCCAUCCAUCCAGCACCAAACCCAGGAACUCCUGCCUCCAACCUCCAUCUACUUCAAACACUCUCCUCCGUCCACCCCCACCACGCCUCACUUCUCCACCCCACACAGCUCCAUGUGGGACGAGGCUCACACGUUGCCUUCGGUGACCCAGGCUUGCAUGGGCACAGGCCACAUCAUGGAUGUAUCCAUGAAGACAGCACCACCGAGGUUUCCGCUGUUUACUUUCAAACAAUCUCCCACUCACACUCCAGCCUCCGGCAGCCAGAUGUGCUACGAACCUGCCUUGAACAUGCCUAUGGGAGUUGAGAGCGCUUCUGGACAGUCAGUGAUGGACACUCGUCAGUACUCCCUGCAUGUAGCCAAGGGCUCGCCCAUGGGCUUCCACCCUUUGCCCCUGAGCCACAGCCCACAGAGCCUGCCAUCUCCCCCCAGCCGGGGCUCCUCCUCAGGGGAGGGCAUGUGUGCUGUGUGCGGGGACAACGCGGCCUGUCAGCACUAUGGGGUGAGGACCUGCGAGGGAUGUAAGGGCUUUUUUAAGAGGACGGUCCAGAAAAAUGCUAAAUACGUCUGUCUGGCAAACAAAAAUUGUCCGGUGGAUAAGAGGCGGCGUAAUCGAUGCCAAUAUUGCAGAUUUCAGAAAUGUCUCACUGUGGGGAUGGUUAAGGAAGUGGUCCGUACAGAUAGUUUAAAAGGGAGAAGGGGUCGUCUGCCCUCAAAACCAAAGAGCCCCCCUCAGGAGCCAUCACCGCCCUCACCGCCAAUCACUAUGAUGAAUGCCCUUGUGAGGGCAUUAGUGGAUUCCACUCCAAGCAGCCUCAAUUACUCCCAGUUCUGUGCUACUGAACAGCCUACAGCAGGCACUGGUGCUGAACAUGUGAAUCAGUUUUACGGCCUCCUCACCACCUCUAUGGAAGUCACUGCAGGGUGGGCUGACAAGAUCCCAGGAUUUAAUGAGCUCCCCAAGGAAGAUCAGACCCUACUUAUCGAAUCGGCCUUCCUGGAACUCUUUGUACUGAGACUCUCCCACAGAGCCGUUCCAGCAGAAGAUAAAUUUAUAUUCUGUAACGGACUUGUUUUGCAUCGACUUCAGUGCCUUCGUGGGUUUGGUGAAUGGCUUGACACCAUCAAGGAAUUUUCUUCAAACUUACAAAGCCUUAACCUUGAUGUCUCAGCUUUUGCAUGUCUAGCAACUCUGGUUAUGAUCACAGAGCGCCAUGGGUUAAAAGAACCAAAGAAACUGGAAGAAUUGCAAAGCCGAAUCAUCAGCUGCCUGAAGGAACACACAUCCUUCAGCAGUCCUGGGGAGAACAAAGGGCAGUCCCUGUCCAAGGUGUUGGGCGUCCUGCCUCAAUUGCAUUCCCUACGUACACAAGGGCUCCAACGUAUCUUCUAUCUGAAGCUGGAGGACCUGGUGCCACCACCUGCCAUCAUUGACAAGCUCUUUCUGGACACACUGCCUUUCUGAGAGAUUUUGCCUCUUCCUUCUUGGCAACCGCACACUCCAGUGGCCAGGCAGAUUGUAACGUGAAAAGCUGGUGCUCUGGCCUCUGUCCCUAGAAAGCAGCUCUAACUGCCCAAUGCCCAAGGACUUUGGCGCUUUUUUUUGCAGAAUCCUGUACUUUAUAAAAAAAAAUGUCUGCUUGCUGCUUUUGGGAAUGCUAACAUAGCACCCGGGGAACGAAACCUGUCAUGACAGGUUCAUCUGACUUCUUUCUAGUCUGUAACAUGUCGUCCCAAUGUACUUGGGUGAUUCAUAGGAAAUGUUUUUCUUAAAAAAAAAAUGAUGUUAACAACAAAGUUGUUACAAAGGUAGAGUGCUUUUUAUUGUGAUUGAUGCCUUUAGUAGAAAUCAUAAUGUGUUAUUUGUACAGCGACUGACUGGUGGUGCAAGGAACGCGCCUCUGUUGAAAAAAGUUCAAAAUAAUUGAUUCUGUUUUUAGAAUGCAGUGACAAAGGCUCUUAGCUCACAUGUUCAAGUGCAAUUUUUUGAAAGUGCUAUGGUGUUAAAGCCGUUUGUUUUUCAAACUCUAAUUUAUUUUAAUACUAAAAGAAUUUGGUGAACUUCAACGAAUCGUUGGCACUAACUUUACUGACAAAGUUACCUGAACUUGAAUCUCUGUAGUGAUGUUUGUAUUGAUCAAUAAUAUGAGCGGCACGGGGACAGACACCUUGUGAAUCGGAAGGAGGCAGCACUUACACAAGUUCCUCAGAGAGAGAGAGAGAGAGAGAGAGAAACAUUUUAGAGGCAUUUUAAUUAAACAAGAGUUUUGAGUACACGUUUUAGACGAUGAUGGAAGGUGUUAAGAGGUGAGGAUUCAAGCACGGUAAAGUGAAGAUAAUGCGAAUCAGGACUGAAAGAUCCGCAUGUCUUGCAGGCACAGAAGGGCUGAGUGCAGAGUGCUGAGAAUGUAGGUGCUGGAAGGAAUGCAGUCACAACUGCAUUAAACAUUCCGUGUCCGUAAAAGUUUUUGUAUGAUGUUUAUACUGUUGAUGCCAUAUACUAAUACAAAACUUUUUUGUGUUGCAUAACGUCUUUAUUUGUAUAAAGAUUGAAUGCAUGUUAUUGUAAUGGCUUUGCCUGUAUUUAUUGCGACAAUUGCCAGUUGCUCAGAGUAACUCUGCAGGCUGAAUUCAGGAACCCUAGCUGUUAAAGGGGGAGUGCCUUGCUUUUGACAACAGAGUGUAUUCAUAAACUAUCUCUGUGCUCCUUUAGCAUCCAACAGUGUUUUAUUGUGUUAACCUGUGCGUUUUCAAAUGUUGAGUACAUUGUACAUAGACAGAAAUGUAAAUUAAAAUAUUAAAUUGAAUAACAUUUUAUCAGAAAA